CUCUAAAAACUAUAAAAACCCUACACUUGUCUCCUCCUCCUCUCUACCUCUCCCUGCUUCUCUCACCCCUCCUCCCACCGCCUCUAUCUCUCAGACAGAAGCAGGAGAGAUUCCAAUGCCUUCCUUAGCUUUAUCCGACAAGAAGAAAGAGGAGAAGAAGAUGAAGAAGAAGAUAGAUUUGGAAACCACAACCCCAGAGCAGCAGGACUCAAAGAAGAAAGGGAAGAAGCUGAAGCUCUCUGACUCCGAUGGAGAAGAGAAGAAGAGUAAGAAGAAGCGCAAGUCUAUUGACGAAUCCGAGGAAGAGCCCGAGAAGAAGAGCAAGAAGGUGAAGCUGAGUAGUAGUGUUGAAGAUGUCAAAGUCGAUAACCCUAACGCCGUCUCGAACUUUCGUAUCUCUGAUCCCUUGAAAGCCAAGCUUAAGGAGAAGGGCAUCGAAGCUCUCUUCCCGAUUCAAGCCACGACGUUUGAUAUGGUUCUCGAUGGUGCUGAUUUGGUCGGAAGGGCUCGUACUGGUCAGGGUAAGACAUUGGCUUUCGUGUUGCCUAUAUUGGAGUCAUUGAUCAAUGGGCCUGCGAAAAGCAAGAGGAAGAAUGGUUACGGCAGGCCUCCUAGUGUUUUGGUUCUUUUACCAACCAGAGAAUUGGCCAAGCAGGUGUUUGCUGACUUUGAGGCAUACGGAGGAGCUGUUGGGUUAGCUUCUUGCUGUGUCUAUGGAGGCGAUCCAUACGCACCUCAAGAGCGUAAACUAAAGAGUGGUGUGGACAUUGUAGUUGGGACCCCUGGUCGUAUCAAGGAUCAUAUUGAAAGGAGAAACCUUGACUUGACUUAUCUGCAAUUCCGCGUUCUUGAUGAAGCUGAUGAGAUGUUGAGAAUGGGAUUCGUUGAUGAUGUUGAACUUAUAUUAGGGAAGGUGGAGGAUCCUAAGAAAGUUCAGACGCUUCUCUUCAGUGCCACAUUGCCUUCGUGGGUUCAAACCAUUGCUGCUAGGUUUCUUAAACAAGACAAGAAGACUAUUGAUCUUGUUGGUAAUGAUAAAAUGAAGGCUAGUAAUAGUGUUAGACACAUUGCUCUUCCUUGUAAUAAGCAAGCCAUGUCUCGUUUGAUUCCUGACAUCAUCAGCUUAUACAGCAGUGGAGGUAGUACAAUCAUUUUCACUGAGACUAAAGACCAAGCUUCCGAGCUCUCUGGUCUCUUGCCUGGUGCAAGAGCUUUGCAUGGUGACAUUCAACAAUCACAGCGUGAGAUUACUCUUGCUGGAUUUAGAAAGGGAAAGUUCUCGACAUUGGUUGCUACAAACGUUGCUGCUCGGGGUCUAGAUAUCAAUGACGUGCAGCUAAUCAUCCAGUGUGAGCCUCCACGUGAUGUUGAAGACUAUAUCCAUCGUUCAGGCCGAACAGGAAGAGCCGGCAACACUGGAGUUGCGGUUAUGCUGUACGAUUCUAGAAAGUCUGGAGUAUCUAGGAUUGAGAAACAAGCCGGUAUCAAAUUCGAGCACGUUUCCGCACCUCAGCCUAAUGAUAUCGCCAGAGCUGUUGGUAUGGAAGCUGCUGAGAAGAUCACGCAAGUCUGUGACAGUGUGGUUCCUGCGUUUAUGGCUGCUGCCAAGGAGCUGUUGGAGAGUUCUGGUGUGUCUGCAGAAGUACUCCUUGCUAAAGCUCUUGCGAAAACCGCGGGCUUCACUGAGAUAAAGAAGAGGUCACUUCUAACAUCAAUGGAGAAUCAUGUCACACUACUUUUUGAAGCAGGCAAACCCAUUUACACUCCAUCAUUUGUAAUUGGUUCACUAAAGAGAAUCUUACCAGAAGACAAGGCUAAUUCGAUUGAAGGGUUAACUCUAACGGCAGAUGGACAAGGUGCUGUUUUCGAUGUUGCACAAUCGGAUGUAGACCAGUUCAUUUCAGCUGCGCAAAAGACUGCAAGUGUGAGCUUGGAGGUUGUUAAGGAGUUGCCUAAACUUCAAGAGAGAGAGCCAAUGGCAAGAGGAAGAUUUGGCCGCCAAGGUGGCCAAGGGUUUAAUCAUCGCGGCAGAGGAGGUAGAUUUGGUCGUGGUGGUCGUGGUGGUGGAGGAGGCCAGAGAUGGUGAAAAACUUUAACACCAACACCUAAUCAAAAACUCUUAUGAUUUCAUCUUGCUCCGGAAGUUUCUAUUUUAUAAUAGUGUUUAUGUGUGUUUUAUCGUUUUAUCUUUCUAUGAACAACUUAAGAGGGGAGCUCUUGUGUUCCCCUUUCAGUUUUGUGUAAUUUUAAUGACAAUGAUGAUACAAUUACUUUCAAUAUAGGGUAUUGAUUUUUCAAAGCUA